AUGUCAAGGAUACCUGAGAUUGCAGGAGUGAGUCCUAUACAUAAUGGCCAGGUCUGCAGUACAUGGGGUAACUACCACUUCAAGACCUUUGACGGAGAAAUCUUUCAGCUCCCCUCCACCUGCAACUAUGUUGUGACCUCACUGUGCCAUAGCAGUUAUGAGGAUUUCAACAUCCAGAUGAGGCGGCAGGUGGUGGACAACCAGCCCACCAUUAGCAAGAUCACCAUGAAGCUGGAUGGCACAGUGGUGGAGCUAUCCAAGGGUUCCGUUGUUGUUAAUGGGAAUAAUGCCACCUUACCAUUCAGCCAGUCUGGUGUUCUCAUUGAAGAGACUCCCUCCUACAUCAAGAUCAAAGCAAAACUGGGAUUGGUAGCCAUAUGGAACCAGGAGGAUUCCUUCUUGGUGGAGAUGGACAUCAAAUUCAGAAACAAGACCUGUGGUCUAUGUGGAGAUUUUAAUGGAGUUCAGCAAUUUGAUGAGUUCUAUAGACAUGGAAUGAAAUUGUCCCCUGUCGACUUCGGAAUCAUCUGGAAAUUGGAUGGUCCAACUGAAAGCUGUACUGAAAACACACUGCCUUCAAAUCAGAAAUGCCCCAAUGUGAAACCAGUUUGUGAGCAGUUGCUCUCCGGUCCUGCCUUCAGCAGCUGUAAGGACUUGUUGGCCAUUGACUCAUUUGUUGAGGCCUGUGUUUCUGACCUGUGCAACUGUGAUAACAGCACCAAGUCCUUCUGCCUGUGCAACACCAUCUCAGAGUACUCCCGCCAGUGUGUUCAUGCAGGCGGGAAGCCCAAACAAUGGAGGACUGAACAGUUCUGCUAUAAGACAUGCCCCUUCAACAUGGAGCACCAGGAGUGUGGAAACCCCUGUGUUGACACCUGCUCCAACCCUGAGAGAGGCCAGCUGUGUGAGGAACACUGCUCAGAUGGCUGCUUUUGUCCUCCAGGCACCGUUUUUGAUGACGUUAACAAGAAUGGUUGUAUCGCCUUGAAUCAAUGCUCAUGCCUCCACAAUGGAAAAACCUACGCACCAGGAGAGUCUUUUUCAAGCACUUGUAAAGAUUGCUCCUGUGGUGGUGGUCAGUGGAAGUGUGCGGACAAGGACUGUCCUGGCACCUGCGCUGUGGAGGGAGGAUCCCACAUCAACACCUAUGAUGGAAAAGCCUACACCUUCCAUGGGGACUGCUCUUAUGUUCUGACCAAGGACUGUGAUGGGAUGCAAUUCACUGUACUGGGUGAUGUGGUGCAGUGUGGGCUUUCUGACAGUGAGACUUGUCUAAAGGUUGUUACCCUGUCCCUCUCAGAAGGAGCCACUGUGAUCAACAUACAACCCAAUGGAAAAGCCUUUGUAAAUGGAAUCUAUUCUCAGCUGCCCUUUUCUGCUGCUGGAGUAACCAUUUUCAGAGCCUCCUCAUUUUUCAUCAUUGUCCAGACCACCUUUGGCCUCCAGUUGGAAAUCCAACUCUCACCAAUCAUGCAGGUCUAUAUUGCUGCAAGCACCGUUUGGAAGCAGAGAACUUGUGGUCUUUGUGGAAACUUUAACAACAACCAAGGAGAUGAUUUCAAAGUCCUGAGUGGAGUGACUGAGGGCACAGCCAUUAGUUUUGCAAACACCUGGAAAACACGAGCCAGCUGCCCAGACAUCAAGAGUAGCUUUGAAAGCCCCUGCAGUUUAAGUCUUGACAAUGAGAAAUAUGCCCAGCACUGGUGCUCUCAGCUGGCUGAUCCUAAAGGGUUGUUUGCUCCGUGCCACGCAGCGAUAAGCCCAGACAUGUACAAAGAAAACUGCAUGUACGACAGCUGUAACUGUGAGAAGAGUGAGGACUGCAUGUGUGCUGCCGUGUCCUCUUAUGUCCACGCUUGUGCUGCCGAGGGCAUCCAGCUCAGCGGCUGGAGAGACACUAUCUGCACCAAAUACUCCACCUCGUGCCCUAGCACCAUGGUCUACGCCUACAGCAUAAAAAGCAGUGAUCGCUCCUGCCGCUGCUACAGCGACGCUGACUUUACCUGUUCAAUCACUUUCGAGUCUGUGGAUGGGUGUGUCUGUUCUGAGGGAACCUACCUGGAUGAUGAGGGCAAGUGUGUUCCACCAGCCAGCUGCCCUUGUUAUUACAAGGGCUCAGUGGUGUCCCCUGGAGAGGUCAUCAGCAAGGAUGGAACCAUGUGCACCUGCAAGGAGGGCAAACUCCGCUGUAUUGGAGAUUCACCUGAUCAGCCAUCAUGUGUUGCACCAAUGGUUUUCUUCAACUGCUCCAAUGCAAGCCCAGGAAUAAGAGGGUUAGAGUGUCAGAAGAGCUGCAAUAUUCUGGAUAUGGCCUGUAUCAGCACAGAGUGCAUAUCAGGCUGUAUGUGUCACUCUGGACUGGUAGCCAAUGGAAAAGGAGGAUGCAUCAAGCCAGACCUUUGUCCUUGUUCUCACAAUGGAGCCACUUACCAACCAGGAGACAGCAUCAAGGUCGACUGCAAUACCUGCACAUGUAAAGACAGAAAAUGGCAGUGCACAACAAACCUGUGUCAUGGAACCUGUGCCAUUUAUGGAGAUGGCCACUACAUUACUUUUGAUGGGAAACGAUUCACUUUCGAAGGAGACUGUGAAUACACUCUUACAAAGGACUACUGUGGUAACAACAAUGCCAACGGCAGCUUCAGAGUCAUCACUGAGAACGUCCCUUGUGGAACAACAGGCACCACCUGCUCCAAGGCCAUCAAGCUCUUCCUGGGGAACAAUGAAUUAAUCCUGACAGAAGGAAACUACCAAGUUGUUGAGAGAAAUUCAGGGGAGGCGGUUCCCUACCAGAUUCGCACAAUGGGCAUCUACCUUGUGAUUGAAGCAAAUAAUGGUUUGAUUCUCAUGUGGGACAGGAAAACAAGCAUGUUCAUCAAACUUAACCCACAGUUCAAGGGACAUGUCUGUGGUCUGUGUGGAAACUAUGAUGGCAACGCAAACAAUGACUUCACCACCAGGAGCCAGGCAGUUGUUGUCAAGCCUCUAGACUUUGGAAACAGCUGGAAAGUCUCUGCAAGCUGCCCCGAUGCAAAGACCAAAAGGAGCCCCUGUAUUGCCAACCCUUACAGGCAGUCUUGGUCACAGAAACAGUGCAGCAUCAUACAGAGCAACGUUUUCACAGACUGCCAUUCUAAAGUGGACCCCUCUCCUUUCUACGAUGCUUGUGUGACAGACUCAUGUGCUUGUGACAGUGGUGGAGACUGUGAGUGUUUCUGUACCGCUGUGGCAGCUUAUGCAGAGGCCUGUAAUGAGGCUGGAGCCUGCAUAGCCUGGAGAAGCCCACAAAUCUGCCCACUGUUCUGUGAUUACUACAACCCCCCUGGAGAAUGUGAGUGGCACUACAAGGCAUGUGGAGCUCAGUGUAUGAAGACCUGCAGGAAUCCCUCCGGGAGCUGCUCCACUCAGAUACCACCUCUUGAAGGUUGCUAUCCAAAAUGUCCUCCUGCUCAACCCCUAUUUGAUGAAGAUACAAUGCAAUGUGUGGAGAAGGAGCAGUGUGGCUGCUAUGGCACAGAUGGAAAACACUACAAUAAUGGAGAAAAAGUACCGACCACAGAAAACUGCCAGACAUGCUCCACCUACAACAAAAACAACAACUCAGCAUCCCAGCCCCACUACAACUCCAACCACUACUCCUACAUCAACCUCAACAGGAGUAUCUGCUAUGGUUGGGGAGACCCUCACUAUGUCACCUUUGAUGGAACAUACUAUGGCUUCCAACGAAAUUGUUCUUACGUCUUGGUCAAAGAAAUCCUGCCAAAGUACAACUUCAGUGUUGUAAUCGACAAUUACUAUUGUGAUGCCGCAGAUGGACUUUCCUGUCCUCAGUCUCUGACAAUUUAUUACCAAUCUUAUGAGAUAUUCAUGACCAAGAAGGACGUUGAUGGAGUUUUCACAAGUCUGAUUGAUGUAAACCAGCAACGCAUCAUCCCAGCAUAUGAGACCAAGGACUUCCGCAUCACAGACAACGGAAUUGAGACCCUUUUAGUCAUACCAGCAAUUAAUGCCAAGGUGUCUUUCACUGGUCUUAUGUUUAGCAUAUACCUGCCCUGGGACAAGUUCAGUGGCAACACUGAGGGACAGUGUGGGACAUGUGACAACAACCGGACAGAUGACUGUCGCUUGCCAAAUGGGACUAUCGAUUCAUCUUGUCCUGACAUGGCACACCAAUGGCAUGUUGCUGACCACAAUAACAGUCAGUGCACGCCACCACCACCAGAGCCGACACCAACACAACCACCAGGCUGCGAUCCACCCAUUUGUCAUCUCAUUCAAAGCGAGGUCUUUGAGAGUUGCCAUAAGGUAAUCCCCUACGAGCCAUUCCUUGUGGCAUGCAUCUUUGAUGUGUGUCAUAUGAGUGAGGUCAAAAUUGGCUGCACCAGCAUGCAGACCUAUGCUGAUGCAUGUGCACAAGCAGGAGUCUGUAUUGAGUGGAGAAAUUAUACAAAUGGACAAUGUGACUUCACAUGCGAGAAACCCAAGGUUUAUAAUGCCUGCGGUCCACAAGUUGAACCAACCUGUAAUGCCUGGUACAAUUUCAAAUUCAUCCAGACUCAAAAUGAGUUCAGUGUCAUGGGAGAUAUACAAAUGGAGGGAUGUUAUUGCCCCAAUGGUACCAUUCUGAUGAGUUCCACUUCAAACUACUGUAUCCCCAGCUGUGAUAUUUGCCCAUUGCCAAAUGGAGAAUGGAAAGAGGCAAAUGAGACCUGGGUGAGCAACUGCCAGGAUUGUGUGUGUGACCCGUACAGUCUGGGAAUCCAAUGCCAGCCUGUGGCAUGCCAACAUCAGCCUCCUCUCACCUGUGAUCAGGAGGGCCAAGUUAAGGUCGUAGAAACUGUUGACUGUUGUCAAAAGGACAAAUGCGAGUGUGAUGUCAAACGAUGCUCUACUUCUAAGAUAACUUGUCCAGUCGGAUUCGAGACAGAGGCAACUAUGGGAGUCUGUUGCCCAACUUAUCAAUGCUUGCCAAAGGAUGUCUGUGUAUUUAACAACACUGAAUAUCAGCCUGGUGCCAAUGUUCCCGAGGACAAGUGUAAGAAUUGUGUGUGUGGUGACAGGGUGGAUCCCCAAACCCAUCUACAUAUCAUUGAGUGUCAACCUACUGAAUGUUACACUCACUGCCAGCAGGGCUAUGAUCAUCAAGCCGUUCCUGGGCAGUGUUGUGGAAAGUGUGUACAGACAAGCUGUGUGGUUAUGCUGCCAGAUAACACCACACACACUAUUCAGCCUGGUUCCGUCUGGAUACCAUCUGGAGACAAGUGUCUAAAGUUUGAGUGCGUAAAGAUUAUGGACCAACUCAUCACAAUGGAGGCUAAGACUGUGUGCCCUGACUUCUACCCAGAAGACUGCAUACCCGGAACUGAAGUCAUUGCUCCAGAUGGUUGCUGCCAUGUCUGUAUUCCAAAAUAUAAGCCAUGCAACGUGACAAAGGGCAAAGUGUACCUGGACAGCAAUGGCUGCAAGUCUGUAAACGAGGUGGAAGUGACAACAUGCGGUGGAUCCUGUGGCACCUAUGCCAUGUAUUCUCUUGAGGCCAACAUGAUGGAGCGCUCUUGUACCUGCUGUCGGGAAGUAUCCACCACCAAGAAGGAAGUGGAGAUGAUCUGCCCAGACGGGUCAAAGUACAACCACUCCUACAUCCACAUCAAUAAAUGUGGCUGCCAGAGGACAGAGUGCGUGACCCCGGAGGAGACCCAGGUCACAAGGUCACGACGCAGGAGAAGAUGAAUGACUCGCCACUACCAUCCCUUUACUGCUUAGAUUAGUUCUCUAUUUAUGUUCAACUUGUUCACUUUCCUGCAAAGUACUCUGCUAAAAGU